AUUUUUAUUAUAAAUAUAAUUGUAAUUUUACCCGUGUGAAAAAAAAGUUCAAUUGCUAAGUACACGCAAUAGUUGUAAGUGUACAGAGAAUUUCUAACGUGUAUGACGUAAUGUACGUAAUUGUCGAGUGUACAUUUAUCAGGAGUAUAUGUAUGACAAGGCGCGAAAUCGGUAGUGCAAGUACUUACGGUACUUUUCUCAUUUUACUUACAUGGAUACAGAAGGAGACUCGCAAAUGAACUGGAAAAAUUCUUCGCUGGAUUAUGAGCAAUUUAUAGACAAUAUUUUGAACGCAAUUGGUCAUAUAAAAUUUUGGAAAAGAAAUUCUACUUUAUCAAGGACUAAAAACUUGAUAAAUAUUUUUUUAAAUGUAACUUUAUUGACUUUGAGCUCUUUGCUUGUAAUUUCCGAGACAAUUGCAAUAAAAAACAGCUAUGACUUGACGAGUUUUGCAGCUAAUUUGAACCCUGUUUUAUUUCAUUCAAUUGGAUUGUUCAAAUGGAUCUUUAUGAUCAUCAAAAUGAACGACAUUGAGGACAUUCUUGUGAGGAUGAAGCGUUGUCACAGGAUUUGUCUGAUCUACAAUGAAACGGAAGAAGACUUUUAUCAAUACACUACCAAACUGAUGAAUUAUAAGGACAAAAUGAUGAAAUUUACAAGAAUUUGGUUCUUUAUUUGUCUGUCUGGAGUCGUUCAGUGGUGCUUGAACCCCGUCGUUUAUGAUUAUUACAAUAUUCAUGUCAUAAAAGUGGCUGAUGAAAAUUACACGAGGAACUUGCCCUACCCGGGAUCAUAUCCGUGGAUCAUUGACAGUAAUUACAAAUACAUUUUGACUUUUGUUUUUCAGCUCACCAGCGCACUGACUACGUCUAUUGAAAUGGCGACUAGCGAUAUAUUAAAUGUAAUUUUUUUGGUUAAUAUAUCGCUGAAUCUUCAACUUUUGAAUGAAAGUUUGGUUAAAGAAAAAGAUAAUUUAAUUAUUUUGAGAUCUGCUAAUCAUGAAUUACCAGCUCAAAAGUUCAAAAAGGAAUUAAGAAACUGUUUGCUGCACCACCGAGAAAUUUUAUUAUUGGUCAACAAAUUCAAAAUCGUAUCCAGUUACUCAGUUUUUUUACUAUGCUUUGACAGUACAGUGGCUCUUUGUUUGAUUUCUUUGGAAGUUUCUAUGAUUGAGAUUAAUUCCAGCAUUGAAUGUAUAAUGAAAUUAAUGAGCAUGGCGGAAUACUGGUCAGGAGUUACCGUAGAAUUGUUCUUAUUUUCGUUCCUAGCGACAAGAAUCGAAGAAUUAGGAUUAAAAACUGCAGACGCGAUUUACGCGUGCAAUUGGGAACAACCGAUGGUUAGCUACCAAGCCGAAUUCAGAGGCGAACAUCGACGAACAACAUUCCAUAUAAAUCAGAUGAUAAAAUUUGGUCUAAUGUGCGCUCAAAAACCAAUUAUCUUCAACGGAGGGUUGUUUUACAUUCUGUCGGUUCAAACAUUUAAGGCUCUCAUGGGAUUUUCUAUGUCGAAUGCUGUGGUAUUAAGACAACUUUCCGGUGAAUCAUAGAAUUAUUUUUAAUAAAAAUAAAUGAAUAAAU